AGCGAUUGUUAUUAACCGAUCUCUGUUUUAACUUGCCAGUCAAGUACAAUAGUUUCUCCCGCAUUAUGUAAACGUCUGCAGUUUUUGAUUAUGGGCGCACAACAUACUAAGGAGCGUCCGCGUCGCACAUAUCACCCGAAAGUUGAUCAUGAAUUGCAAAUAAACACAUCUACAUCUUGGAUUCAAAAUCACAACCCUUCAACGAACUUCAAAAGUUCUGUAACGCACACAUCCCAGAUAAAUCAACCCAGCGAUCAACCACUAAUAGCUUUGUUUGAUUUCAUUCCACCAAAUACACCAGAAAAUCAGUCACAAAUUAGAGUAGAGAAAGGUAAAGUUUGUCUUGAUUUUAUGUGUCCACGUUGCUUAACAUAAUUAAGCCUGGUAGAAAUUUGAUUGUUUUUCUAGUACCGAGUAAUCACUAUUAAUAUUCCACCGUCAGAAAACCUUGACAAGUAGGAUACCAUUAAUUGUAUUGCACAAGGUGAAGCAGUAGGUUUGCGAACAAAUGACAGCUUAUAUAAAUGAUGUUGGUUUCAAUGGUAAGUCUUACUGUUUAUGUAGGCCUUAGCAGAAAAUCGAGUCAAGAUCACUACUGAGAUGUGCGAUGUUUGAAGUUUAAAGACAAUGGAGUGGACGUUUUGGGAUGAUAAUAAACCAUCACCAUACUCAAAAGUGCAUUAUACAUGACUUGGCGUUUUAACUAAAUGCGAUCGUCUACAGCUGUUUGGUUACAGUGCAGAUGGUGAUUGGUCAGACGUUGAGUGUAUACGAACUAAUGAACGUGGAUGGAUACCAACAAACUAUACAGGUCGCAUUCCUGCUCUUCCUAAUGAUCACAGUACAGCUUUGAAUACUGGGUCAGCUUCCGGCAGUUCACUUACUUUCCAACAUACUAGCAGUCACGAUGUUAGUUGUAGUGGUAGUCAAGGUAGUUUGGCUGGAGUAGGACUGGAGUCAGAAAAGUGGUAUCAUGGUGCUAUUCAGCGGAGUUAUGCAGAAUAUUUACUCAAUAGUGGAAUCACAGGAAGUUUUCUCAUCAGGGAAUCAGAAAGUCAUCCUGGUCAGCUCACAAUAAGUCUUCGUUAUGAAGGACAGAUAUGGCAUUAUCGUAUCCAUCGUGAUGAUUCUAACAUGUAUUACGUUAUUGAAUCCAACAAGUUUACAUCAGUCUCUGACCUUGUACACCAUCAUGAGAAGCAUUCAGAUGGUCUGGCUUGUACAUUAUUAUACCCAGCACCCAAACGAGACAGAACAAGUUCAGAGCUACGCAUGGAUCCCAGUUUCGAUAUACGUGAGAUAGAUCGAACCGAAAUAGUUAUGAAACAUAAAUUAGGAUCAGGACAGUAUGGCGUAGUAUAUGAAGCUAUAUGGAAACCUUAUAAUGUAUUAGUUGCUGUAAAAACACUCAAGGAAAAUGUCACAGUUCGUGAUGAAUUUUUAGAAGAGGCUCGUUUGAUGAAAAGUUUAAGACAUCCAAAUCUUGUGACUUUGUUAGGUGCAUGUACUCGGGAACCACCUUAUUAUAUUGUCACAGAAUUCAUGUGUAAUGGGAACUUGUUGGAUUAUUUACGUACACAUCCUAGAACAGAAUUAACACCUUCAGUCUUAUUGCAUAUGGCAACUCAAGUUGCUAGAGGUAUGGCUUAUUUGGAACAACACAAUUUUAUACAUCGUGAUUUAGCAGCCCGCAAUUGUCUAGUUGGCACACAACAUACUAUUAAAGUUGCAGAUUUUGGUUUAGCUCGUUGUAUAGAACGUGAUCUUACUUAUCGAGCUCAUGAAGGCGCUAAAUUUCCUAUAAAAUGGACAGCACCAGAAGGUUUAGUCUAUAAUUUAUUUUCAACUAAAUCAGAUGUAUGGGCAUUUGGUAUAUUAUUAUGGGAAAUUGCCACCUAUGGGAAAACACCAUAUCCAGGUGUUGAAUUACAAGAUGUUUAUGUUUUAUUAGAAAGAGGUACACGAAUGCUUUGUCCUGAAGGUUGCCCUGAACCAGUUUAUGAACUUAUGUUACAAUGUUGGCAAUGGCUUCCAGAACAACGCCCACCAUUUUCUGAUAUAUUAAAUCAAUUGGAAUCUAUGCCAACCAAUUCUACAAUGGAAGAAGAAGAAGAACAAAUCGAUUUUGAUAUAACUUCUACUACAUCUUCAUCAUCGUUAUUAUUAAAUAACAAUGAAAUAAAGGUGGUUAACUCUAGUGAGUCGAAUAGAUCCAUUAAACAUCCACCUAAUAUUGCGUAUCCCCGACCACCACUGCCUCCUAGACCACCCCCACCAAGAAGAAGUACCAGUUGCGAUUAUUUGAUUGAUGAGAAUGAUGAUAAUCAAUUUGAUAUGAUUAAAGAGGAUUGUAAAUCCGAUUUGGGUAGCGAUAUACCAGUAAAUGCUAUGAAUAAUAACAAUAAUAGUGUUAACCACAAAUCUCAUAGAGGUAUAUUUACAAGGAGUUUUAAAAAUCCCCUUUCGAAACAAUUACAUAUUGGUGAUUUAAGUACUGAUGAGUUAGGUACUGCUGAAAAAGAUCUACCAUUUACAAACUCUGGAUCUCUUGGGCGUAAAAGAACUGCACCGCGACCACCAAGACGUACUACACCAGUUAAACCGUUGAAUUUCUUAACUGAUUUCAAUUCAUUAGAAGAUAAUAGUUGUAUUUACCCGAACUCCCAUCGGGAUGACUUUGAUCAUCCACCACUGCCACCUCCACCCCCACCAGUUCAUCUUGAUUCUAGUCAUCAUCAAAUACAUCAGCCCCGAUCACAACAACAUCCUCGUCUAGCACCACAGUCUAAUAAUAGUUCAUUAUCAAAUAACUCGAACUCAACACCAUUUUCAGUACCAUCAGUUAUGAGUAGUUCUGCAAUUUUCCCAUCUCGUCAAUUUUCAUAUGUGGAUCCUAUUCCGUUAGAUAACAGCCUGACAAGAUCAAUUUGUCCUGAUCGUCUAAUAUCACCGCUUGCUCCUCCCACACCAAGUAAACAUAUUCAACUUUCUUCAAAGUCACCAGCUUUAUCAAAAUCCACUGUAAAUUCGGAUUUAUCUAACAAGACUAAUCCCGUUGUAGACCAUUCCCACAAUAAGCGCAGUGUGGAUUCUAAUUUUCUUAAUGAAUCUUAUUCAGGGAAUAAUGUUUCUUCUAAGCAAAAUGUUCAUCCUGCCAAUGUUUCAUCGUCUGUCUUUCAAGAGGAAUUACGAGAUAGAUUAAAACAACAUUCUCAACAGCUUAAAAGUUCAUCUCAGCUGAAACCGAUUACAUCUAAAUCUAUACUAAAUAAUUCACCUAGUAAUGUUACCAAUUCAGUGCUGUGUAAUCAGGAAAAAAAUGAUUCAAAAUCAUCAGCUUCUAAUUCUUCCCCUUACUUCACUAUCCCCCGAUUAAGACCACCACCACACUCUGCGAAUCCACCUCGAAUAUCUUCGAAUAAUACUUCUGGAUCCAGUAACAAUCAAACAUCAACACGUGGAAAAGUGGAGCCUCCAUGUUGUCCUUCAGAAUUGAUCCGAUCACUUGCAUUGACCCAGAUCAAAAGUGAUAAUACUUCUAAUUCAACUGUCACUACGACCACCAAGUCGCCCAUAAAUAUCAAUAGUAAUAAUAAUAAUUCCCCAAAACCUCAUUUCAAAAGGUCCGAAAAUGAAAUCUCUGAUAAAUUAUCUGAUAUAAUACAAAAGCGUUUAAGUUGGACUGGUCCAACUGAUGAUAAUUCCGCUGGUAAUCAGAAGCGGUCUCAACGAUUAUAUCUACCUACUAUAUUUUCUACAUCAUCUACAGCAUUGGACGAGACCAAUGGUAAUAAUCACUGUGUUCCACCAACAAAACACCACUUAAAAAAGCAUUUAUCAAAUAUUUUAGGAGAGUUAGAACGUUUGAUUCGUAUGAAUGAGAAAAAAGUUCCUGGAAAUGUUACCUGCUCUCCCUCCUCCGCUGCCAUUUCAUCAUCAUCGUCAUCAAAUUUAGAACAGUUAAUUGAGUUAGCAGAUCAGAUGGAAGCAUGUCGACUUAGUUGUUCUGCAUAUAUUGAUCAGGCCACAUGUUCAGCUCGAGCAAAAUUUAGUUUUCGUGAUCGAUUCGCAUGUUUACAAACAUUUAGCAGUUUAUUACGUUCUAAAAAACUCGAUUCUACUUGUAAUAAUAAUACUAAUAAUUUAAGUAAGUACAAUAAAAAUAAUACGAAUUUAUUAAAAGACGCAGAGAAUGCUGUCAAAGAAAUUAUUAAUGAUUUAGACAAACUAACCGAUAAUGUAAAUACAACAUUAUCAUUAGAUACUACAUUGAAUAAUUCAAAUUUCCCAGAACAUAAACCUAAUUCAAAUUUAGCAACAUCCAAUCAAUCCAAUUUGACUUGUACAGAAAACCUUAGUAUUACUGACAAUAGAAGCGCUACAGUUUUCACUUGAUUUCUUUGCAUCUAUAUGCAUAUUAUUAUCAUUAUUUCUGGUUAGUAUUAGGGGAUUUUACAUCGAAAUUUAUUGUUUACCUGUUUCCAACAUCUCCACAAUGAUAUAUAUAUAUAUAUAUAUAUAUAUAUAUAUAUAUAUAUAAUGAUUGUGUAAUUACUGCAUUUUACCUCCAUCAUUCUUUGCUUGCUUUUCUCUGUCGAUUUAGACAAAUUCCUCUUUUUUAUGUAAAUGUUUACAAAUUGAAAAAUCUAAUUUCAUUUUUGUUUUAUCGACAUAGUUUGGCUAUUUUCUUCUCAUUCCUUCUGAAUCCUCGAACUAUUCAAUGGCCCCUGCAUUAAGAAGUGUAUUAACUUGUUCGUUUCUGUUAUUUUAGUUUAUUUUCCUUUUUUUGUAUUUGUCUUUUUUUGUUUUUACGUUCUCAUGUAGACAAAUCAGUCAAUCUUUAACACAUCUUUUUGAUCCACUCUGCUAUUUAUCUGGAAUACCUAUACUUCACUCUUUCCUUCGAUUUCUUUACAAUCUAACUGAAUGUAUAUAAAUAUGCCUAUUUCAGCUCACUUCUUAAUUUAUACUGUUGUAAAUAAAAUGUUUUCAAUUGUUUUUUUUUCGUUAUUUCAAUGUUCAGUCAUUAAUUUUAUUACUAUCAUUACUUAAUUUUCUCUUCUUUGUACUAUUCUUCACCAAUGUUCCAAUAAUAUUGUUGUAGUAUGUCUUUUGCGAUUUGGUAUCGGGAAUGAUUAUUUUUUCAAUAGAAAACAAUAUUUUUUUCUCACUUCCAGUCAGAAAUAAAAAGUUUUGUCUUUGUUCUCAUAUUCAACUACAUGCGCACAAAUUUACUCAAUCAUUUGAAUUCCAGGUGGAAUUGUAAGGUUGAUCAGUUAAUAUGAGAUCUGUUUAUUUUCCCUUAAUUUAUCCUAUCAUUUCAUUUGUUUCUACCUUAAUCCUGUAUCACUGUUGGUACGUAUUUUGAUUACUUUAGAUACUCUCUCUCCUGUCACAUGGUAUCUUCGUGCUUAUUCUUUAUCAUUCUCCCCCCACCUAUAAUCUCUGCCUAACUGUGAUCUCUGUGAAAAAAUAAUUACCAUAUAUAUAGUAUCGUAUUACCCUAUUUUGUUCUUAACAGCUUACUACUUAUCUCCAUUUUUCGUGUUUUUCUAAUCCUUCUCUCCAUGUGUUUGUUUUCUGUGGAGUGUUAUGGAUCUGGUCAUACUCAUGAUGAAAUUAAUAACUAUCAUUAUUAUUAUUAUUAUUAUUAUU